CACCUCGGUCAUCAGCGCGUCGAGAAAAGAACAACAGAGAGCCAGUCCAAGGCACGACAAUGGCCAGCGGCGACAGCGUCAAGCGACUCGAUGAUCUCGUCCUGGCCACCGUCCCUGCCGCACGUCCGAGAAGGGGCGAGACAGACCGGACAAAGGUGGCCGACCGCAGGGCACUUCGCGAGGAUCUCGUCGAGUUGGCCAAUGAGAUCCGGCAGAGUCGCUUCGAGCAGAAGAGACUCGAUGAAGCCCAAGUCGUGACCCAGCUUAAAAGAAAGUGUGAGUGGAGACACAGACGCUUCAUUCCACCCAGCCCCUAAUUGUCCCACUCUGUCAAAGUGACUCGAUACGCCGUCGAUGGAGGCCACGGCACAUCGGUGCGUCUCGACGGCCUCAUCUCCAAGCUCAGGGCGAGGCCCGACCAAGCGCAACAACUCA